UUGUAUUUUGUUUCAGAGGUUCCAUUCCGUUCUUGAGGACGCAAUUGUAAAACCAAGGGGCGGGGCAGAGGUGAAUGGCGUCGAAUCAGGCUCUGAUACUGAACACAAUGGAUCCUGAACUCUCUGAGGUCCGCCACACUGUACAAGAAGCUCUCCAUACUCUUUCAUCUUCCAAGGAUGGGGUCCAAAUAUCUGAGGCCCUGAGGUCUGUGAAGGUCUACUUGGAUGGAAUGAAGAACCCAGUCCUACCCAGAGAGAGGGAAGAAUUUUCCAAGAUCUACUUUUCUACCUUCCUUCGAUGUCUUGUCAGCAAGUUAAGUCCUGAUUGGUUGGAACUGCUUCCUGCUGGCCAACUAGAGGAACUGUGGGAUAGUUUUUUUCUAGAAGGUCCAGCUGACCAAGCCUUUUUGGUCUUGAUAGAAUCCAUCAUUGUUACUGUUGGUCUGAGCUAUCCUCUGAUGAAGAUGGCCCAGGUGCUCAGCAGGUUCCUGAAGAUGGGCAGGCUGGCAGAGCUGAUGUGGGAGAUGUGUCAGCAGAAGGUGCCCCGGGGUUCGUCCCUUCUCCAGGAGACUCUUCUCAGCAAAGUUGUGUGUCUGCCCGACCACCUGAGUAACCAGAUGAAGGAGCAAAGCCUGCCCCUGUUCUUCCCCCAGAACUACUUCCCUCUGCUUGGGGAAGAGAUGAUCCAGGUGCUCCAGAGGAUCUCUGACUCCCUCAGAGGAGGCUCGGAUUGUUCCAUCUUCUUUUUAUCUCAGAUACUAGCAAAAGUCUGCAUCCACGGGAGACAAAAAGAGAUUCUGGGAGUGUUGGUACCCCGCUUGACAGAGCUCACCCAGGCUGACUGCAUCUGGCAGAGGCUGAGUUGGCGCCUCAUGGAGAGUGUGCCAGAUCGGGGUAUGGAAGCUGUAGUGUCUGGGCUCAUCCAAGAAGCCCCCGGGGACAGAGUUCUGUCUCGGUUACUGGGGAACCUGGUGAUGAAGAACAAGAAAGCCCAAUUUGUGGUGACCCGGAAAUGCCUGUUGUUGCAGUACAGAUACUCAACUGAAGUGCUGCAAAACCUCCUGGGGUACCUGGCCUUGGACAGCCAUCGGCGCACCCUCCUCUUACAGGUGCUGAAGGACCUCUUAGAGACUUGGGGCAGCAGCAGUGCCGUCAAACACUCUCCAGUGGAGCAGCAGCUUUAUGUCAGCAAAGCCAUCCUGAUCUGCUUGUCCCACCUGAAGGAGUCAGAAAUAGACCACAUCAGGGAAGAGCUGCUGACCGCCAUGAUGGGAGGCGUGCAGUGCCAUAUCGAGAGUAGUCUGCCCCAAGUCCGACAUGUGGGAAUGAUUGUAGCAGAGACCAUCAGUUCCCGAAUCCACUUGGAGGGGCCCCACCUGAAAUUCCAGUACGAAGAAAAUAAACUGACCAGAGAAUUGUUGUCCUUGGUGAACUUGAAGCCUGCUGCUGCCAGCCCUCCAGCUUCUGGCUCCCCUGUUGUGCCAGCACCCGCAGCACAGGCAGACUGUCUGAGCCCAGAGGGCAAAGCACACCAAGAAGAAGAAAAAGACAAGGGGUCUGACUCGGAUCUGGACAGUGAUGAUGAACUUGUUCCCUAUGACAUGUCAAGGGACAAAGAGCUGAAGAACGCCAAGGCUCCAGUAUACAUCCGGGAUUGCCUGGAAGCACUGACAAGCUCAGAGGACGUGGAGCGCUGGGAAGUGACGCUGCAGGUUCUAGAGAGCUUGAUCAGAAGGAGCCCAGCAGCCACAAAAGAGGUGAGUGCAGAAUUAGCCAAGGUGCUGCUCCAUCUGGAGGAGAAGACCUGUAUGGAGGGGUUUGAGAUGUUGCGUCAGCGAGCCCUGGUGGCUGUCACUGUCACAGAACCAGUACAGGUUGCACAGUAUCUUACUUCCCAAUUCUAUGCCAUGAAUUACAGCCUUCGGCAGCGGAUGGACAUCCUAGAUGUGUUGGUUCUUGCAGCUCAGGAACUGUCAAGCCCCAGGAGCCUAGAAAAAGCCAAGAUCCCUGGUCCUCCUGAGCCUGGUGUCCAGCUCUUGCCUGCCCCACUGACCCCCCAGUCUAACAAAGUUCCUUCUGAUGACUGGAGGAGAAUCGUGGAGGAGAGGAUCAAAAACAAGACACGUCGGUUUGCCAAGGGUUCUUCCAGAUCCAGCACAGCAAAUGGACCCAAUAAGUUUAAUUCUGUGGUUGGUUAUUUCUUCUUCCCUCUUAUUGAACGUUUUGACAGGCCGCUUGUGACUUUUGACCUUUUGGGAGAAGAUUCUUUGGUCUUGGGAAGACUAGUUCACACCGUGGGAAUCCUGAUGUAUUUUGCCAUUAAUACCACAGCAGCUGUGCCAAUGGGGAAGGCAUUGUUGGAGUUUGUGUGGACGCUUCGUUUUCAUACAGAUGCAUAUGUGCGUCAAGGCCUCCUGUACUCCAUCUCCUCGAUACUCUGGAGUGUUCCUGCAGAGCGCCUUCUAGGGGAUCUGACGGAUGAGCUCCUAGAAACCAGGUCCUGGCUGGCAGCUGUGACAGAGAAUGACCCAGAUGAAGACUGUAGGAAGCUGGCCAUGCAGGCGCUCCUACUUAUGGAAAAGCUAAAAGACAGACUCCAGAUAGGUUCUUCUUAGUCAAUCCAGAUGCCCUUAAACCUGGCCCCACAGGUGGACUGAUGGGAUUUUGGGGCCAUCACCUGGCUGGCAAAGAGGAAAGCAGGGAAGGCGUCACUGAAAGCCAGGGAGAAACAAGGGCCUGGCCUGACAUCUGGGCUUUGUAGUGGCAGCCAGCUCUGUGAAAUACUGAUAUCCGGUACUGAGUGUACAGAUGCAGGAAAACGCAGUAGAGUUGCUGUCUUCCUCCCCUCCCCCUGCACACUGAAUAUACUAUUUUUAGUCUGGCAAGUUUCAGUCUUCAGCUAAAAAUACAGCAAGCCCUGUAGAGCCACUGUCUCUGUGCAGAGAAUUGGUCACUCAUGGCAAUAGAAGGAGCCACCUGCAUGCCUAAAGGAGCCAGGUCCCGGAUUUCUCUUACUGUUUCAUUGAAUCUUGUUAUUAGGGUUGAAAGGUGUUUGGUCAUAAAGCUAAAAAAGAAGGAAGGGUCUUGAGACUUAUCUUCUGUGAAAUUUCUUCACAUUAAAAAGCCCCCACAGCCA